AUGGUCUCGACGCCUGCUCGUUCUAGCUUCACCAACACAUUCGCUCGUCCGCUUUCUCGAAUUGACUCGUCAUUGCUCGCUUGCUCGCUGAUUGAUUUGCUUGCUCGCAGUCCAAUCCCUCUGCGCGACAGCCAGCUCUACUCUGCAACCUGCGCUGUUUGCACUGCCGCUGUGGCUGCCUGUUCUGCGAAACUGUCGCUGGCGCACGCCCGGUCAUCUCAACACCAUCGACGACACGACACGACAAGGCCCAAUCCGACCCAACACGACGACACAACACGUUAUUGCGUCGGCGUUGCCAUUGGGCGCUGUGGCAUCAUAUUUGACGCCAAAUCGCCCGUCGGCCAUCCUCCGAAAGAGUCGGUGAAGCAUGUUUGGCGCGUUGUGCUGUGUUUCUUGUUUGCGAAGUGGUGCGUUCAUCCCCAACUCACGUCCGCGCUCCCAGCCACCAUCACCAACCCCCCCAACCACCUCUCUUUCCCCACUGCCGUUGCGACCAGCAAACCACCCCUAGGGUCCUGUCCCUGCACCAAACUCUGUCCCUCUAACAGUCUUUCUACCAGGCAUUGCUGCAUUCCGCCAGCGCUCCCGCUAGACCAGUCCGCCCACCAUCGCGGAGGCACACAUUCUCAACCAAACCAAACCACACCACACCACUCCAUCCAGUCUGGGCCCGCCGAAUUGACGUCCCCGCUCCCCUCCUCGCCCACCCUGUACCAAUCUACCUUUCCCGUUCCUGACGAGACCCACGAUCACGAUCCACGCUUUCACGACCCGCCCUUUGUAUCGUCGUUGCAACGCCAGCAGCAGGCUGCCGAGGAUUUCUUGCGCACCCAGCACAACUUGUCCCGGGUUUCAUCCUCGUCCCCUUCCAGUCAAGGAAGCGAAGCUCCUAGCCCACACCCAAAUCCCAAUCUCCAGGAGACUCGCCCAUCCUUUGGCUCGCCCUCGCCGCUGCCACAACGCGCAGUCCGCUUUGCCGAAAGUUCCCCGCCAGCCCAUCCCGCGCUACGCAUCUCGCGCCGGACCGCAUCUGCGAUUAGAUUUGUCUUGGAAGAGGCGCUUCGCGUACCCCACUCUUUCACGCCAGAUCUGGUGGAAGAAACCGCAUCCAUGGCCGAUCUGGGGGGCAACGGGCGUGCUGCCAACGGCGGCGCACGAGCUGGCGGUCCUGUACCAGUUACGCAGUCUGAUCGUCCCAACAUUCGAACGCCGCAGAUGAUCAUGAACGAGCGUCGUCAACGGGAAGCACGCCGAGAGGCAGAUGCACGUGCUGCCGAGGAACAACGGAUAGCUGAGGAAGAGCGACGGAGAAGUGCAGAACGAAGAGUCCAAGCUGCUGGCGUUGCAGGUACGCCCAUGACAACGUCAGAUUUGCCGUCCCAGAGGCCCAUACAAGUUGGCACUGGAUCAGGCGGCGAGGGGUACAGCAACUACCCACCAACUGCAGGAGGUACACAAAGACAGCCAGAAAGGGUUGUACCUGUAUCUACCGCAUCCUCAAUCCCCCCCGUUUCGAAUCGCCCUCAGGAUACCACCUCCGGGGCGCAGCACAGGAGACCAAGGGCGAACUCUCAGUCGCAGCAACAACCCCAGCCUGUCCAGCAACCCGCUCUCGGUAGUGCAGGCGAAACGCGACGUCCACCUGCUACGCAGCAUUCGAGACGUCCAUCGGUGCCCGUUGGCUCGUCUCAGGCUGGGCCGUCAACAGCUGCACCUCCGUCAGCCCCGCAAGCAGGAUCAUCAUCUGGACAAGCUCGUCAAUCCACCACUUCGACAUUCCCGCAUGCAUUUGAACGAUGGGAAACACUUUCUUCCCACUGGGAAGGUCUCACUUCGUAUUGGAUACGAAAAAUAGAGCAGAGCACAGAUGAGGGCCGCCGUGACCCUCUGAACACCCAAUACACUCGGCAAAUCAAUGAUCUCUCUGCUGCUGGGGCUAACUUGUUUCACGCUGUCGUGGAAUUGCAGCGGCUUCGAGCUUCAUCGGAACGUAAGUUCCAGAGGUGGUUCUAUGAGCACAGACAGGAGCAAGAGCGCGCACAAGAACGUGAAGCACAACUGGAAAACGCGUUAAGAGUAGAACGUGAGGCCCGGACAGUAUCAUCGUCGGACUUUGAUCGCAUUGUCACGGAGAAAAAAAAUGCCGAACGCAUGGUGCAAGAAAUGCGACGGGAACUGCAAAUUUCCAAGGAGGAGGCACGACGAGCUUGGGAGGAACUCGGGCGGCGUGAGCAAGAAGAGCGCGAUCGCACCUUCUCACUACGAGACGGUCAGCCAACCGUGAUAGGUGGUGUUCAAGUUGUUCCCAUGGCUCAAGGCAUGGGCAGGCAUGGCAGUGUCUCGCAACGUUCACAUGGCGGCGACGAUGCCUAUGCAGGAACUAGUGGAAGUCAGAGCAUCGAACAACAAUACUCCUAUGAGGGGGCUCAGUCGCCAACGGAUACAGACCCUUUCACAGAAGGCCGCCAUAGGAGUCACGCGCAGCACGAGCCUGAUGUUUCCAUGGUUGGGCAAGGUGCGUAUGUCCCCUCGGGGGCUGCGGCUUCAUCAUCUCGUCAGCCCAGUGCAUCUCGUCCCACCGAACAAUCUCAUGUGCCUGCACCUUUGCAUCCACAACGCGCCGCUACUUCGGCUUCCCAACCCUCACCGCAACUACCUACCUCGUCGCAACCAGAAGCCUUCUACAAACAACCAGAAGCAUACCUACAUCGAGAGUCCAUCACCAGUAUGCCUGAAGACGAGAUGUCCGGUGUCGCAUCGCAUGGAGAUGUUACAUCUGAAGGCGACGAAGAGUACGCUAUCGACGAGUAUGGCAACUAUAUCCUUGACACCUCAGGCCACCGUGUGCCAUUCCGUGCACUGCGGCAAGAGGAGUCUGAUGAGUUCGACGUGCAAGAAGCUCGUCGUCGCGAACUCGAGCAUCUGCAACGUUAUGGCACCGCUGCUUCCGACCCUAGUCGAUAUGCUACUACUUCAAGCGCAGGGCCUACACAUCAAGGUCAUGCGACAUCGAGCGCUCCUGACUACAGCGGUUCCGACUACGGCAGCGAGUGGGUGAAUAUGAGACAUCACCAUCCUACACGGCUCAGCGAUGUCAUGGAAGAAGAUGAGAGGAGCAGGACCUCACCUAGCCGAGCCAGCCAGACGAGCCGAGGAAUCUUUUAA